CUUUGGGAAGUGUUAUAGCCCAUCCGAGGUAAACUCAAGAUGGGUAAGAUUAUGAAAAGUGGUAAAGUCGUACUCGUCCUGAGUGGACGGUACGCCGGAAGGAAGGCCAUCAUCAUGAAUAACUAUGAAAAAGUACAUAAAGUGCAUAAGCGUAUGGGCAAAAUCAGGAUCCACAAGCGUUCCAAGAUCAAGCCUUUCAUUAAGGAUUGUAGUUCAAUACAG